CAUUUAAACUAAUCAUCAGAAACAAAAAUUAUACACAAACUGCAGAUCGUAUAGAAGCGAACAAAACACGAUUGUUUUCAACAAUCUCGUUUGUGAUGUAACGAUCGUAAAGGUUUAUUCUGACGUAAAUAACCGUUACCAUAUCCAAGAUGAACAUGCGUAGAAACUUGCCAGUUGCGCCACUGACUGUAACAAUUAUAUAUUUUUUUUUAAUUAAAUACUUUUUGUAUGAAUUUUACAUUUUGCAACAGUAGAAAUUACGAAACGAGACGCGUCUUUAACCACAAACCACGUGUUCUGUAUUAUUUUGAUUAGCGGCGCUUUUCGGCUGAAUAGGAACGCAUUCUCGUACGCCUUUCUCCUUGAUGACAUCAUAGGUGCUCGGACUCGGGCUCGUGCCGAGCUUUUCGUUGAAGCUCGGCGCUCGGCGAACCCGAGCUUUUUCAACUUCAGCACAUCCCUAGUAUGUAGUAUUGUAAUUGAUAACUGCUGCUGGUGACCAGGGAAAUUUUUGGUCUCAAAAUGUUUCUUCUGUCUCCCUGAUAGCUGCUAUAUAUAUUUAAAAAAAAAAAACUCGGGCAUUCGUAUCAAAACUUAACUUUAAAAAAUCGUGCUGCGUCACCGAAUUUUUCACAGGAGGUGUCAUGAAUUAAACAAAGGUUACAUUAUCACGUCAUAGAAUGUGUAAUACCACGUUGGAUUUCUAUGCGGUAGAUUACAUAAUUUGUUAGUUUUGGGAGGUUAGGGUUGGGUUGAGGCCUUGAGGGUUAGAACUUGAGGUUUUCCCUAGCAUAAAACAGUGUGAAGAAUGUAUAUUGUGCGUAAUAUGUCACUACUGUGACGUAAUACGUCAUUACUGUUAUGUAACAUAUCGCUAUUGUGAUGUAAUAAAUUAUUAACCUCACGCAAGUCAGGCGAAUUAUGGUGAUGCAGCAUGUUUUUGUGCAUUUUCAAAGUUACCAACAUUUCACAAACAGAACAAGAGUGAAGUUGCCAUCUGGUGCAAAGAAACUGAUUCCAUCAACCAACCGUGCAAUCAUAGGAGUUGUUGCUGGUGGAGGUCGUAUUGACAAACCACUUUUGAAAGCAGGAGCUGCCUAUCACAAAUAUAAAGUAAAGCGUAACUGCUGGCCAAGAGUGCGUGGUGUAGCCAUGAACCCUGUUGAGCAUCCAUUUGGUAGUGGUAACCAUCAACAUAUUGGUUCACCAUCCAUGGUGCGCCGUGAUGCUUCACCUGGUAGGAAAGUCGGUCUCAUUGCUGCAAGAAGAACCGGUUGAUUGCGAGGAUCCAGAGUGUCAUAAGACGGAAAAAUAAGCAUUUUUUGCCGCUGGCCAAUAAAAACAAUCCAAGAAAUGGGUUUAUUAA